GAUGAGUUUGCUAGUGUACAACUUCAUUAGUAACUAGAUAUAUCUUUUAAGAGUUUAAAAUAAUACCUCGUUCUUUGUAUUAUUGCUUAUUUUUUUUUGUCUUAAACCUGCUUUCUGUCGUCACUCUUUAUUAAGAAUAAAACGUUAGGAAGAGUAUCUUGCUAUAAUUCCUGUUUUGUGACAUAUUACUCACUGAUUUCCCUUUGGCACCUGAAACAUGGCCGUUUCCGAGUGGCGUCUGUCGCUGAAGUUAAUGGACCAGCCUUCCCUUCCGAAGUCGGUGCUUCAGUUCCCAGAAGCAGAACCCGGUGAUGUUCCUCCUGGUCAGUACCGCGUCGCGACUCUUAAGCAGCUCGUCUCAGUGCAGUUACCGGAUGCGAUCCCAGACCCUGAGCUCAUAGAGUUGGUGUACUGUGGCAGGAAGCUGAGGGAUGAACUCACGUUAGACUCUUACGGGAUCCAAUCAGGAUCAACAGUGCACAUCCUGAGAAAGUCAUGGCCAGAACCUGAGAUCCAACCAGAGCCAGUGGACAGGGUGACAGCGGCAAGAGAAUUUCGUGUCCUGCAGGCAGCUCUUCACACCAGCACAGCGUACAGAGACUCGGUGUUUAAGAUGCUAAACAACAAGGAGUCUUUGGAUCAAAUCAUUGUGGCAACACCUGGCUUGAGUAGUGACGCAAUGGCCCUAGGUGUGCUUCAAGACAAGGACCUCUUUGUGCAAUUCACAGAUCCAAACAUGCUUGAUAUGUUGAUUAGCUCUCACCCAGCAUUGGUUAAUGCCAUUAUUCUGGUACUGCAUUCUGUAGCGGGUAGUGUUCCCACCCAGCAGAGUGCCAGCUCUUCGAGAAAUGUAUCCUCCAGCUCUUACAGUGACAUGCCAGGUGGUUUUCUCUUUGAAGGCAUGUCGGACGAUGAGGAAGAAUUCCCAUCUGGGAAUCGCAGUGGGCCGUCCUCAAGUUCUGCAGGUUCUUCAGGCCUGAGGCCUGCUACUUUAGGUUACAGUGGAGCAGUAGGGCCCAGGCCCAUCACACAGAGUGAACUCGCUACAGCUCUGGCCCUAGCCAGUACUCCUGAAAGCAGUGCUGUUACACCGACCACAGGAAACCAGGGAGCUUCAUCAGGGGUUUCCCCUAUCCCCGCAGGAACUCCGAUAACAAAUGACCUUUUUAACCAGGCCCUGCAGCAAGCCUUGCAGGUGUCUAACAUAUCGUCCCUGCAAAGUCAGUGGCAAUCUCAGCUCCAGCAACUGCGUGAUAUGGGAAUCCAGGAUGAGGACUUGAUUCUGCGAGCUCUACAGGCCACUGGAGGAGACAUCCAAGCUGCCCUAGAGCUCAUUUUUGCUGGGGGAGCUCCAUGAGAUGCUGCAUAAUCAAAGAACAUACUCUGUAAUAUUUAUGCAGUUAUAGCUGUUCAUUCUUUCAAAUCAUUCUUAAAUAUUUUAAAUGGAAAAGCUGUUCACACUUUUUUCCUGAUAUGCUGACAUAAAUAUCUUAUUUAUUUUAAUGUAAUUGAUUAUGGGCAUAUACAGUCUGCUCCAGAAUUAAUGGCACCCUGGCUCCCAAGUGGUGCAAUGCAAAAGCGCUUCUCUGUUGUUUUGGAGAAUGCGAGUUUGAUUCCCGAUGAUGCCAAAGCCACCCAUGGUCAGGAGUCUAAAAGAGUAAAACUGGCGAUGCUUUCUGGGUGGGAAGGGUGGCACACUGUCAAUCGCAUAAACACUAGUCAAUCAUGGGUUUGUGUAAGUUCAUGGAUGUGGAAGAGGGUAGAUAGCGCUUUCCUCUGUGUAUGUUACUGUAUGCUGUCGUAUGACGCAGCAUGAGCACCAGUUUGGAAAGAUUGGCUUCACAUUGGCAGGCUUCAUGUGUCUCAGAGGAAGCAUGUGUUAACCUUCACCCUCCCUGAUUAGAAGCACAAAAAACAGUGAAUAUUUUUUUUUCUUUCUUUCAGGUGGGUUACUGUGUGUGUGUGUGUGUGUGUGUGUGUGUGUGUGUGUGUGUGUGUGUGUGUGUGUGUGUGAAACCAUUUUUGGGGUGAUUUGGAAGUAUGUUUGUAAAACUUGUACGUUUGAAAACUGUAUCAGUGAACAGGUCUAAACCUCCUGGCAGAGGCAUCCAAGUUUUGGGCUGAAAUAUCCUGGUACUUAACGGAAUUCAUAAUGCCAUCAGUCUUCACAAGAGCCUCUGAACCACCAUUUUGUGAGGUGAUCUCAGGAAGGGCUUCUUUUUUGCAAUGUUUCCAGUUUUUUUUUUUUAGCUCAUCCAGCCGCAGGCCAGGCCGUAUGAGCUUAUGCGAUCACGCGUCGUCGAUCCGUCGUCGUCAUCCAGCCACGAUUUACAAAAAUUGCUACUCCUCCUACAGGAUUGAUCGGAUUUCGAUCAAACUUGCAUACAAUGUUCCCCAGGUGGAUGUGUGUAAAAGUUGUCAAGAUGGUGGCGCCACAUGUCAUAUUUACGAUUUUAUGGGCGUUUUGGCCAGUAUGAGCUACAGCCACAUUGAGGCUUUUUUUUUUUUGUGAAAGUGGUGUGUAAUGGUUGAUUUUGAAAGAGAAUCAGCUAAACUGUAAGACUCAGUUCUAAAACUGUGAUACAGGGAACAGGUUCUUGGGGACCUUUUUAAAAAAAAUUUUAUAAUAAUAAUACAGGGUUAGUCAAAAUUAUGUUAACACAUGGAUUAUUUUUCUCCUGCAGAUAGACGUACGCCAUGGGUGACAGAUUAAAUGGUACCGUCGCUUGCUGGUUUUUGUGUGUUGAACACGAUGGCGAACAGGUUGAGGCCGUCCUGUAAAUAAUUUUGCACAUAUGAUGUAUAUUUUGUGAAUAAAUGGUUUCUACCAUUUAAGUGUUAACAUAAUUUUGACUGACCCUGUAGUAGUAGUAGUAGUAGCAGCAGCAGUAGUAAUGAUGAUGAUAGAAUGACAAUUUGUAUUUAUUUAAAUUAUUCCUUAGGGUUGUCAGUAAUUUUAGCACAUAUAUUUUUUGAGAGAAAAUAUUAUUAUAUGAAUAAUAAUUUUCAGGAAGGGUCCCAAUGAUUCUGGAAGGCACUGUAUUAUUUCCUUUCAAAUAUGCCAUUGCUAAUAUUGGCAUUUGUGAUUAUAUUUUGUGGAAAUUGAUUCUGAAGAAUUUGUUCACUGGGCGAACACACGCACAAGUGCACAUCAGAAACAUACAACAUCUAACUGACACUGAGCUUUAUGUCUCUGCAAUGAAAAUAAACACAUUUGAAUUAUUCAACGAAAUAAACGUUUUCAUUGCUCUGGGAUAACUAACGCCAUGAUGUCAUGCAGAC